CGCCCACACCACUAUAGAACACGCGCACACCCCUAAUCCUGAGCACGGAGCACCUCGUCACUCUCCCGCUCCACUUCCCAGAUCCCCACCCAUAUUCUUGUACUCCGUAUAGUGUCACCUUGCCAGUUGCCACUUGCUGUAAGCGCUUGGACGCACUGGGACACUCAUUUUUUGGAUCGACUUGUUUCCAAGGAGAGGAUAGGACGAUAGUUAAGGUGUUGCAAUCUUGAGGAGAAGAAGAAACAAUGGCGCUCUCGUCGACCUUCUCCCUCGCACGAGGCUUUCUCGGCGUGCUGCCUCAGGAACACCAUUCCCCUUCCGCCGUCGAGCUCCAUGCCCGGCCUCUCAAGCCGAGGAGGAGGUCCUGCAUUUCUGCGUCGCUCUCGGAGAGGGAGGCAGAGUACCACUCGCAGCGGCCGCCCACACCGCUGCUGGACACGGUGAACUACCCCAUCCACAUGAAGAACCUGUCCCUCAAGGAGCUGCAGCAGCUCUCCGACGAGCUCCGCUCCGACGUGAUCUUCCACGUCUCAAAGACCGGCGGCCACCUCGGGUCCAGCCUCGGCGUCGUCGAGCUCACCGUCGCGCUGCACUACGUCUUCAACACCCCGCAGGACAAGCUCCUCUGGGACGUCGGACACCAGUCGUAUCCCCACAAGAUCCUCACGGGGCGCCGUGACAAGAUGCCGACGAUGCGGCAGACCGACGGAUUGUCCGGCUUCAUCAAGCGCUCGGAGAGCGAGUACGACAGCUUCGGCACCGGACACAGCUCCACCACCAUCUCCGCCGCUCUCGGGAUGGCCGUCGGGAGGGACCUCAAGGGCGGCAAGAACAACGUGGUGGCGGUGAUCGGCGACGGGGCCAUGACGGCCGGGCAGGCCUACGAGGCCAUGAACAACGCCGGGUACCUCGACUCAGACAUGAUCGUGAUACUGAACGACAACAAGCAGGUGUCGCUGCCCACGGCGACGCUCGACGGGCCGGCGCCUCCCGUGGGCGCGCUCAGCGGCGCCCUCAGCAAGCUGCAGUCCAGCCGGCCGCUCAGGGAGCUCCGGGAGGUGGCCAAGGGAGUGACGAAGCAAAUCGGCGGGUCCGUGCACGAGAUUGCGGCAAAGGUGGACGAGUACGCCCGUGGCAUGAUCAGCGGCUCCGGUUCGUCGCUCUUCGAGGAGCUCGGGCUCUACUACAUUGGCCCCGUCGACGGCCACAACAUCGACGACCUCAUCACCAUCCUCCGGGAGGUCAAGGGCACCAAGACCACCGGCCCCGUGCUCAUCCACGUCAUCACUGAGAAAGGCCGCGGCUACCCCUACGCCGAGCGUGCCUCCGACAAGUAUCACGGUGUGGCCAAGUUCGAUCCGGCGACGGGAAAGCAGUUCAAGACCCCAGCCAAGACGCUGUCCUACACCAACUACUUCGCGGAGGCGCUGAUCGCCGAGGCGGAGCAGGACAGCAAGAUCGUGGCCAUCCACGCGGCCAUGGGGGGCGGCACGGGGCUCAACUACUUCCUCCGCCGCUUCCCGAACCGGUGCUUCGACGUCGGGAUCGCGGAGCAGCACGCCGUCACCUUCGCCGCCGGCCUGGCCUGCGAGGGGCUCAAGCCCUUCUGCGCCAUCUACUCAUCGUUCCUCCAGAGAGGCUACGACCAGGUCGUGCACGACGUGGACCUCCAGAAGCUUCCCGUGAGGUUCGCCAUGGACAGGGCGGGGCUUGUCGGCGCCGACGGGCCGACCCACUGCGGGGCCUUCGACGUGACUUUCAUGGCUUGCCUGCCCAACAUGGUCGUCAUGGCUCCCUCCGACGAGGCCGAGCUGCUGAACAUGGUCGCCACCGCCGCGGCCAUCGACGACCGCCCCUCGUGCUUCCGAUAUCCGAGAGGCAACGGCAUCGGUGUACCGUUGCCCGAGAACUACAAAGGCAUUCCCAUCGAGGUGGGCAAAGGGAGGAUUAUGAUUGAGGGUGAGAGGGUGGCGCUGCUGGGGUACGGUUCCGCGGUGCAGUACUGCAUGGCGGCGGCGUCCAUCGUGGAGGAGCACGGCCUCAGGGUCACCGUCGCCGACGGCAGGUUCUGCAAGCCAUUGGACCACGCCCUCAUCAGGAGGCUCGCCAAGUCCCACGAGGUGAUCAUCACAGUCGAGGAAGGAUCCAUUGGAGGGUUCGGCUCCCACGUGGCUCAGUUCAUGGCCCUGGAUGGCCUUCUCGACGGCAAGCUUAAGUGGCGGCCGGUGGUGCUUCCCGACAGGUACAUCGAUCACGGAUCACCGGCCGAUCAGCUGGCGGAGGCGGGGCUGACGCCGUCGCACAUCGCCGCGACGGUGUUCAACAUCAUUGGGCAGGCGAGGGAGGCCCUCGCCAUCAUGACGGUGCAGAAUGUCUAGAGCUCAGUGUCCUGCCGCCUAUAGAGAACCUUGUACAUUUUGGUCGUUAGAUGAUUCAGUCGGCGUCUGGGAAUUAAAUGGUCCUAUUCGGGGGAAAUAUGACUAGUUUUCGUUCUUUUCUCUGACGUUGAAGUACAUGGUCAAUUGUUCGUGUAGUGAACUAAUGUUUUGUGUUUGUACCUGUGAAAUGAAUGUAUGUUGAUAGAUUCCUGAA